AUGAAUUUAUUAAAAUCUUAUUUUGCAAAGAAAGCAAAUGAAAUUGAACUUAAAAUGACUUUAGAAGAUAGAAUAAAUGAAAUUAUUGAAUUAGAUAAAAAACACCAAAACCUUGAAAUAGGGAUUGCUCAUAAGUCAACUCGAUUAAUGGCUAUAAACAUCAUUUUGAUAUGUACAUAUUUUUUUCAGUUAGGAGUCAUUGGAUUUUUAGAUUAUUCAUUUUUUAAUUAUAUUUCGAUUUAUAUCCAUCUAAUGAUUUAUGUAUUAGAAUUUUUGUUAUUAUUUAUAUUAAUAUUUGUGUGUGAAAAAUCAAAUAGAAUAUUUAAAAUGGAAUUUAAGUCAAAGGUUAAUAAUGAAAUUUUAUUACAAUACAAAGUAGACGAAUUAUCUGAAGAUACUCAUUAUGAAUCAUUAACUAAAAUAAUUAAAAAAUAUUCAAUUAAAGAAAAGAAAAGAAAAUUAGAAAUUGAACAAAAAGUCAAAGAAAAGUUAAUAAGAGAAAGAAACAGAAUUAAUGAACAAUUAAAAGAUGAAUAUUCAAAAGAAUAUAAUAAAAAAUUACAAGAAAUGAGAAAAAAAGUUGAAGAUGAAAUUCGACCAAAAAUUGAAAAAGAAUUUAGAGAACAAUUAAUUAUUGAACAAGAAAGACUAAAACAAAAAACAAUGAUUUUAGGAAGAAGAGUUAUUCUUUCACCUUCAAUAUUAGAAAAAGAAGGAGAGACAAUAAAUGAACAAAAAACACCAACAAAAGAAAAGAAUAAUAUUAAAAAUAAAACCGAGAAAAGUCAUUCAGUAGAUUUUGCAAUUGUUAAACCAAAAAUAGAGCGAUUAACAGAAAUAAAAAAAAGAAAUCAAUUAAUUAAAUCUUUACAAUUUGAAAAUGAAAAUAAUAAUGAAAAUGAUGAAAAUAUAUCUCAAAAUAAUCUUGAAUUAAAUGAUUUACAAGAAAAAGAUAAGAAAGAUUCUGGUAUUUUUAUUCAAAAAGGAAAUAUUGAAAAAGAAGUUAUUCGUUCUUCUUCUACACCUUUAACACCAAAAGAAAUUAAUCCACAAAAUGAUAAAAUUAUUAAUAAUGAAAAUGAAAAAAAUGAUAAUCAAAAUCAAACACUUAUAAUGCCUAAAGCUAAAAUUACAAAUGUUAAAUGUCAAAAAAUUGGAGAUGUUGCAUUUAUUAAAUCUAAAAAAGGAUUUGUUAUUGUAAAAUCAAAACCUCAACAAAUUCAUGUUCAAACAAUAAGAAGAAAUUCUCAUCCAGGUGAUAUUGUUAUUGCAAUAAGAAAAGAACAACAAACUUCUUUAAUUACUUCUUUUCUCUGUAAAAUUUCAGGAAUUAAAUUAAUAGAUUUCUAUUGUGGCGAAUGUAAUAAAUUACUUACUCAAAUAGAUAAUUCAAUUAAAAAAACAAUAUUUAGACAAUGCAUUCAUUGUGGUGCAUUUAAUAAAAUACAAAAUGUACAAAUCAAAGAAAAGUAA